AAAAUAUGUCCCAUAACUUGACAAAUGAAGCCAGCAGCUCUACUUCCUCAAAGUUCAAAAUAAUGUUCUUGGGAGAUCAAAGCAUGGGUAAGAUCAGUAUUAUCAACAGGUUCAUCCAUGAUACUUUCGAGGAUGCUUACCAGGCAACUAUUGGCAUAGAUUUUCUCUCAAAACCUGUGUACGUAGAUGACAAAACUAUCAGAUUGCAAUAAUGGAACACUGCGGGACAAGAACGGUUCAAAUUUCUGAUUCCUAGCUAUGUGAAGGAUUCUUCAGUAGCUGUCAUUUGCUACAAUAUCACCAACUCCGAUACUUUCGAGAGUGUGAAACUUGGGUUGAAAAUGCAAGAAGCAUGAGAGGUGAAGAAGUUGUCCUCUUUAUCGCUGGUAACAAAUCUAACCUUGGGGAUCAAAGAGCAGUCUCAGAAGAAGAUGGUAUAAAAACUUGCUAGUGAGUUAGGAACAUGCUUCUAUGAAACUUCUGCAAAAUCUGGGGAAAUGUCAAAACCCUAUUCGAUGAUUUAGCGAAAAGGUUAAUUGGGACUGAUGAAGGAGAUAAAGAUGAGAUGAAAAAGAAAGGAAUUAAAUUAAAAGAUGUAUAGGUUGAUGAAGAUGCUCCUUCAGCGUAAAAUAAUACCGGACAGACACCCAAAUCAAGCUCAAGCAAGAAAACUAAAUGUUGUUAGGUGAGCCAUACUCUUGAGCGGAUAAUUAAUUCAAUGUAGCC